AUGAAGCCGUCGGAGCGACAUCCGCUCAGUCGGCGUCAUUCAUCCACUCUCCACUACCAGACUUUCGACACUCCGCCUCCGAAGUCGCGUGGAAGACCGAACUCAGGUCAGUCUGAGUCCUCGGGUCGGGUCCUGUAUCAACCGCAAGAUGGGUCGCAUCAUUCCAGACCGGGGCCUCACUCCCCGUUGCCAAAGAAGCAGAUGGCAGUACUGGCGAUGAUCUCCUUAUGCGAACAGACGGCAUUCAACUCCAUCAGCCCUUACCUACCCGAAAUGGUGUCGUCGUUCCCCGAGGUGGGGCCCGGAAUGGUCGGUGUAUAUGUUGGGACUCUUGCCACCGCGUUCGCGAUAGCGCAGUUUAUAACCAAUUACUUCUGGGGGUGGCUAUCCGAUCGAGUGGGACGGAGACCAGUUAUCCUACUGGGUACCAUCCUGACCGCGGCGGGUUUUCUCACCUUCGGAUUCUGCAAAACACUGGUACAAGCCAUUAUUGUGCAGGCUGUAAUGGGGGCCGUCAACGGAAACCAAGUACUGGUGUCCACCUGCCUGGGUGAAAUCACGGAUCGCAGCAACCAGUCCAAAGCCUUCACCUAUCUCCCCGUCCUCUAUGGUGUGGGGGGGAUCACUGGUCCCCUCCUUGGUGGCCUAUUGGUCUUCCACCAUAUUCCAUGGGAUCCAAGCAAGCCGAACCCGUACCCAUAUCUCUCUCCGAAUGUCCUAUCCGCAGGAAUCCUUGUGAUAGACUUCGUACUCUCGGUGAUGUUUCUCGAAGAGAGCCUGGAAGACGCUGACAGUCUCCCGAAGAUCAAGCACAGAAUCCGUUCGUUUUUCUCCUGUCUCUGGAGUUCGGCGAAGUGUGCACGAUGGGUGCAAUCACCCCGUCACAUUGGACACCAUGCGAUGGAGUCCCAGGAUCACGACAGUGAGCUAGACUCGGCCUCAGAGGCAUCAAGCCACCGGGGGCCUCGCCGGGAGAAUCUUUUACAUGAGAUUUGGAAUCGGGAUACAGUCCUACUUCUUGCCACGUACUUUAUUUUCGCCCUGUGUAACAUCUCGUUCAACGCGCUUUUCCCCAUUUUCUCCCAAGCUGCGCCUCCCACCGGUCGUGGCCUGACUCCCGAAGAAAUCGGCCUGGCGCAAGGGUUUUCCGGCUUUGUCACGAUCGUCUUCCAGAUAUGCAUCUUCGGCAAGCUCCGCGAAAAAAUGGGUAAUCGCUGGUCCUACCGAGCUGGUCUUUUCGGGUUCGUGGUCUCGUUUAUCCUGAUGCCCUUUGUGGGAUACAAGGGAGAUGAUAUCAACAGCCACCUGAGCGGCAAGUCUGCUUUGAUGGCUGUGGAGUUAUGCUUCGUCCUGCUGGUUAAGACUGUCGCCACCGUGGGCGGCCUGACCAGUGCUUUGCUCCUUAUAACCAAUUCUGCCCCUGAUCAUGCCGUCCUGGGCGCUCUCAAUGGUUUCGCCCAGACCCUCGCCGCAGCCGGCCGUGCCGUGGGUCCAUUCCUCUCUGGCGGACUCUUCUCCCUUGCAUUGCGGAUCGAACCCAAGGGAGAAGCCAUGGCCUUUGGCGUAUUCGCCGCCGCUUCCUUCGUCGGGUUUAUACUGAGUUUCAGCAUACGCGGCCACUCCCUCGAAGCGGACGACUAUGACAACGACAGUGACGAAACCUACAAAUCUGACGAGGAGGACACCCCCCCUUAUGAGCGAGAGAGAAGAGGGUAG